AUGUAGAAAUUGGUUUCAGCAUCAUGUAUUAAAUCAUAUCAUUAUAAUAUAAACAUAUAAAAAAUUUGUGUUUUGGAUAGAAAUAAUUAAAAAAAGAAUUUAGUUGGAUUAAGUUAUGGUAAAUUAUACUAUAAACACAGUAUUUGGAAACGAAUUGGUUCGCUCUAAUUCAAGUCUUAAAGUUUAACCUUUUAGUGGAAAACCAUUUAAAAUUUGAGGAAUCUAUAUAAUAAUCAUUUAGAUUUCUGGUAGUCAUUCUUCUGGAAAAGCUUUACUAACAGAAAAUUUAAUGAAUGAACUAUAAUCAUUAGGAUUUUUAGUUAGUGCAGUUUUCGAUCAUAAAAAUUUUAUUUUAGUAAGCAAAAUUCUGAUUCACUUAAUAAUGUACUCUGUAUAAAUAAUUAAGAUUAUCAAAAGUGUUUGGUAUAUAUUUCACUAAUUUUUAGACAAUAGCCAUCAAAACCCUAUUGACUACUAAAGAUAAAAAAGUUAUUAUAAUUGAAAGAACUUGGAUUCUUUAUGAUAGAUAUUCAAGAGAUUUACUUGAUUUGUAGAUUAUCAAGAAAACAUAUUUAAAUUUUAUAAGAUUUAAGUAUAUAAGGAAGUAUAUACUAAACAUAAAGAUGUGGAGAAAGUUACUCACAAUUACUUGA